AUGGUCCCUUUAGAAUUGUGGUGUUUUCAUACUGACAUCCGGUUUGAUAAUUGAUAUUCAUCGACUUGUUGCAAAUAUUGUCACGAUUUCAACUUUCUUGUUAUGCUUCAAGAAAUUUAACCCCCAACAGGAACGCUAAAACCAAUUAGCAAUGGCCAGCAGUGUCAGUACUCCUGUGGUUGUGCCUCAAGCUACCAAACGUACUCAUGCCAAAAUGUCUGGCUCAGAAGUCACAGAUCAGCAAAGUCCUGUCAAGGCUUCUUCAGAGGCAGACAGUGUUGCAGCAGCCAUACCUGAUCUAAAUGGGUCAGAGUCAAAGUCUAGUUUAGAUUCAGCUCCUGAAAACACAGCAGUUACAAAAAUUUCCAACAGUGUCACCCCUGUAAAAGAGGAUUGCAAAGUGUCAUCUUCUGACUCUUCCCCCAAAAUGGAUGUUACCAGUCCCACAAAACAGUCAGCUGUUGAGACUGAUACCCCAGCAAGCAAAGUUAGUGUUGAAGGUGCCUCAACAGAAAAUUCAUCGGUUGUGGAUUGCUCAUCAGCUCAGGAAAAUAAAAAAGAUUGUGAUGAUAAACUUUCUACCUGCGAUCAAACGACAUCAAUUAACAGUGAUACAUCUAAAGCAGCCCCAGAGGCAAUGGAUGCUCAGGCAUCCAAUGUGAAUCAUGACACAGUCACAGCUCUGACAGAGACUUCUCAGAUCACAACUGGCAACUCGGCAAGCAAGGCUGAAAGUAAGCCCAACUCUGGCUCACAUCUUGAAGAAGGCGAAGAACCUGAGAAAAGGGCCAAACUUUCUCCUCCUUCUGUGAAAUCCACAGGAAAGUCACCAGAGCAAAUUCUGGAGCAUAUGGACAAAACGUUUGAGCAGAGACGAAAAAUUAUUACCAAACAGAUGCCAACUAUCCCUGAACUGAAAAAUUUAUACCCCAACCUUUUUAUGGGGAAGCAACUUCUCAUUGAGUUCCAGCGCAUUACAAAGAUUGACAUUGAUCAAAAGAUUCAAGAGUUCUGCGUAAGAUACGCCACUGCCGUCAUUGAGAUGGCCAGAACGAAGAAAGGGGCAGCACCAGUUUUAGCCAGAUGGGAGCAAGCGAAACAGGAAAAUGAUAACCUGAGGCAAUAUUGGGAUAUGGUGACAGCACUUUGCUUACUUCCGCUACAUUUUGGUGAAAAUUUUGUAGAGAUGGUGUUAGAGAUUGGGGAAGAUGAAGAAGUUGUACCACAGGGAAAAAUUGUCCCCACGCUUGUGGCUCGUGGCAAUAUAUUUCGCACAGAUGAGUUUUUUCUUAUUGCAGAAAAUACAAUAGUGCAAGAGUUUGAAGAGUUUACUAUUGCUUUUGCCAGCUUAUAUUCCAGCUACUGGGUGUUCAAUAUGAUGUAUCCUGAAACUAUUGAAAACACUUACAACUAUAUCCAGAGGUGUAUUGUUCGACAACGUGAGCCUGGUUCUAUCCCGGCAGUUUGCAAAAACUUUACCAAAAGUCUUCAAAAAUGGAAUAAAGUGAAAGAAGGGAAAUAAUUCCCUUUUUAGUUUCAUGGAAAGAUAAGAUAUCUCACCUAUUUGGUUGAAAAUAAUAUGCCCACUUAUAUUUUUUUUUUUUUUUUUUUUUUUUUUUUGAUUUUUUUGUUUUUCUGUUUUGGGAAUUUUGUUAAACACAAUAAAAUUGUUUUAUUUUUAUGGUAGAAAGAAUAUGACUUUUUUUGUGUGAGAGAUUUUUUAAAUAAUAGAGCAUUGCUGUUUGUUAUAUAUUAUGAUUCUUUAUGCUUCAUGUAUAUAGAUGUACACUUUUGAUUGUCUAUCCAGUUAGUAUAUUAAUUCAAUCAAAUACAGUUUAAAAGAUUUAUAAUAAAUCUAAUGAAUUGAUCUUUGGAAUUCUCACUUACAUUCAAACAUUUAUGAUAUCAAUAGUCAGUUGUAAAAUGUUCUAGUAACCAUAUUAUAUGCUGUGCCCACCCCUAUGUGAUAUUCUGAAAAAAACACUGUUGAUGAGUAAAGAUCUUUUUAAAUAGUAUUAAAAGUAGGAAAACAAUAUAAUUUAUACCGGUACUGAAUUCGCAAAAAAAAAUUUACUAGGUACUAUAUUAAAACUAGUAAGAAAGACAGAUUGAAAAAUUAUGUUCUUUAACAAAUUGACAAAAUGUUUCAAAUUAACAAAAAAACAACUUAUAAUGAUUAACAUUAAUUAUGUUGCUGUCAUAACUUUAAAGUUUAACAUCAUUUUAGGUCCAAAACAUUUAUUAACCCUUAGAACGCAAAGCAUAAUUUUGGUAAUAUUUAUAGUUGUAGCCUUGUUCUGCAAAAUGUGAUUUAUAGAAUUAGUACAAAUUAUACAAAUUGAAGGGUUUCAGGGAAUCUCUUAAAAUUAUUAAUUUUUUUUUUUUAAAUUGUGUCAAGUCUUCAGCAUUUCAGAAUAAAAAUUGAUAAAAGUAGCAAUAAGACUUGCAAAAUCCAACUCUCCACCUAAUUAAAUUGUAGAGUGUAUUUUAUCAGCAAAGCUAUUUGUGUUGUUCCAGUUGUUUUGUUUUAGUGUGUAUAUCUUGAUAUUGUUUGAUAGUCCAUCUGUAAAGUCUUAGUGUUCUAACCAAACUGACACUCAUAGCAACCUCAUCAAGUGUCAUUUGGUUAUAUAAUAAGCUUUGUGAUGCCUUUUUAAAAAAUAUUUAUGAUUAUUUCAUUACUGAACUACCUUACUGGUAGAACAAGAAAUGUAGAUUUAUUUUGGCUUCUCCAUACAUCAUUAAAAAAAAAAUAUUUUUUUUUCUAAUUGAUUUGUGGGGAUAUAAUUUUAUUAUUUGUACAUUUUCCUUCUCAGUGUGUGUUGUUUUAUUGCUAGAAUUAUUAUUAUGCAGGGAAUUGUUUUCUUUAUUUAAAACACAACUUCCAUUUUGUUCUAUUUUGUGUAUCGGUAUAUUUCUGUCGCUGAGAAGUAAUUUUUAAUGUUUGAAACUAGUACCUUGGCCCCAUACUCUUUUUGUUUUAUUUGAUGUCUGAACAUUAAACAAAGUACUUUGUAACUUUCAUCUUUUUUUUUUUCUUAGUUGUUUUUUUUCUUACAGCUCUGCUCUAUGUCUUAUCAAUACUUUAAAUGUGUUGUACGGUAUAAGUAUUUUAUAAAGAAUGCUUCCAUUUGGUCUCCAACACAGGAAUAGAUGAAAACAAAAACUUGAGUAAUAAAUAGCUUAUGCUAAAAAAAACACCUUCUAUUCUUUAAAAUUCCAAAUUCUUAUUUCAGAAUCUAUUCACAUAGUCAAUGCUAUAGCACAGGCUCUAUUUCUUAGCUAGUAUACUUCACAGAUUAAAAUGAGGAAUACAUGUAUAGCAGUCAUUGUUAUAGAGAUUAGUGCCAGAACUUCACUUUUCUAAUGUGAUGUGAUUACCAUUACUGCUUUACUAGUAAAGCCAAGACACAAGUCCCCAGCAGAAACUCAUUUGACAUUACUUUUUAAUUGUAAAUGGCUGCCUAAUGUUCACUAAUAUGACAUUUAGAAAGCAGUGAUGUACAUAUCAGUAUUGUUCUUUUCUUUAAGGACUCACUUACUUUUCUUUGAACACUGUAAACACGAAAAGCAUUUUUUUAUUCUCUGAAGUGAUGACUGCUAGUCACAGAUUUUCUUUUGAUAAAGCAAUCCUAUCUGAGGAGUACCCUAAGGAGUUCAGUGUGCAUAAUCAUAAAUAGAGUAUUUCUAAGGCAGACAUGUUUUUCUAGUACUGUAACUAGCCUAAUUUGUUUUCUUGGCUUCAAAAGAAUAUGAUUGAUAUAUAAAUGUCAGUCAUGCUUCCAUAUAAAAGUGUUGAGAAACGGGGAUUUACAAAAAGAAUUCGCCCAAUUUUUUAUGUUAGGGAUAACAUGUUAUUUCAUUUCUAAUGGUUUUCAGUUGAAAGUCACUUCUUGGUACCAGGUUCAUCAGGAGAGUUAUAUUUCACAGUCUGCACGUGUAUAUAAACAAGCUAUUGAUUUGUGUUAGUUAUCUUUUUUUGAAGCAGACAGGCAAAUUACACUAAAUGGCAAUUACCUUUUGCUUUUUAACUUAUUGCCUUUAUCAAAUUGGAUAAGUUCCUACAAACUGGGUGGAAUGCAAAAAUGUUUAUGUAAACAUACUCAUUGGCUCACAGUAUUGACACACCCUGGAGUGGAAUAUUAAUUUGUUUAACAUUUUUGUGUUUUUGUUUUAUUUGUUUUGUUUUUUUUAAAUAGUUUCUAUCAUGUAUUUAUAUUGUCAUAUAUAUAUAUAUUAAUCUUUGCUGGCACCUGAAUUUUGCACUUGGCCUCUUUCUUUCAGUUUUUUUUUUUCCGGCCUUUUUCCCCCUCAACAAAACAUCAUGUAAAUAUUGAAAAUAUUUUUAACAAUAUCAAUAUUUUUCUUUUUUUAAAAAUAUCUUUUCAUUGACUUGGAAUUGAACAAGGACAUUUUUGUGUUUCAACCUUAUUUCUAUUUAUAUUUACCGGUUUCGUGUUAUAUCAAUGUAAGUGUUUUGUCUAGUUUUUGACCAGUGAGUGCUAGUAAACAUAUGCAGAUUUUAUUUUAACUACAGAAUUUAUUUAUUGCAUUGCAGGUGAUGUGCUUGUUUUUUUUUUUUUUUUUUAACUUUAUUCACAAGUGUGAAAUUAAUGUCCAAAUCAUUAAUAUCACUUUAAAAAGCUUUUUUUUUUCUUCUUUAUAUUAUUUAUUGACAGUUGGAUUGGUUUUAUGUUGAAUGGAUAUAGACUUUGUGGAAGAAAAUUUUUUUUUUUCUUAUGAUUAAAUCAUAUGGAUUAAUAAUGAGACACCCCAGCCCUUCUCCCUCGUUUUGAAAUACUUUGUCUAGUCUACACCAUUUGUAUUUCAACAACUUGUUGGCUUUAAACAUUUGUGGUUUAUUUCAUAUUUGUACCAUAAGGUUAGAGUCAUUGCAAGUUGUAGAGAUCUGUACUGCUCUGUUUAGCAAUGUUGUUAUUGUGCAAACAAGGUUCAUUUGUUUUGGGUGUUGGGUAACUGUUCCCAGUUAUCACCAUGCUCUUUGGUGGGAACAUUAUUGAUAUCCCGUUUAGAUAAUUAUAGGUUUGAACCCAGGCACCUUUUGCUUAUAUGUUGGCUGUAUAUUAAACUCAGAGCUCUAGUGUAAUUAUUAAGUUGCAGUCAAAUAAAUUUUUUUUUAUUUUUUAAUUGUUCUUGAUAAUAAUGUAUUUUUGUUUUGUUAUUUUAUUUUUGGUCUCAACAUCUUCUGUGAUUGACUUCAGUUUGACGUGACCAAAAGUUUAUCUAUGUAUUAUGAAGAAAAAAGAGACUUGAGAUUGUUACAAUCAUGAUUGUUGAUAAUUUUCAUAGCAUUAUAUUUUAUUCUCACUUUUUUUUUUUUUUUUUUUUUUUUUUAAAGUUUGGAAAAGAAAAGGUUCUAUUUUUAUUUCUGUCAUGCUUCUGUUUCAAACUUUUGUGUUUUGACAUUGUGCUAUGAAUGACUAUUCCAUGAGGACAAAGCCGGUACAGUUCACAGUUUAAGGAGUGUGAGCUUUUUAUUUGUAGUCUUUGUAUAUGUAAUUUUACUUCAUAACAUUACCACAUUAUUAGACAUUGGUUAUGAAGCUUUUUUUUUUCUUUGUUAUUAAUGAUGAUUGGGCUGAACUUCUUCUCGCUUCUCGAAUGAAGCUAUUUAUCCUUAACUCUCAGAUGAGGACAGAUGUAUUUCUGUUUAGUUUGGGCUGUUACAAGUUCUCAUGCCUUAUGAAAGAUUUUAAAAAAAUAACAUCUUUGAUGAGGAAAUUCAGUAAAAGAAGAGAAACGGUAGAAUCUAAUAACGCUGUAUAGCAUAGAAUGAUGUCUAUGAACCAUCUGAAACUAGUUCUAAUAGCUGUUUUUAAUAAUUAAUAUCUUCAAAAAUCAUAAUUGUUAUUUUGUUAUUUCAUAACCUCUUGUCCUCCCUAAAAAAUGUGUAUUUCAUUAUAAUUAAAUUGUUUAGAUAAUUAUAAAGAAAACUUUGUGUUCAUCGUUCUAUUAGCCAUAGGUUUGUGUUGUCUCAUUCUGUAGUAGGACUAUAUGGGCAUUUGUAAAUAGGACAUCAUUUAGAAAUGAUCACUACAUUUGUUUCUAUUCUUUAUCUUUUUUUUUCUUCCCCAUUAUGGAAGUUACCAUGGUUACCAUUGAAUAAGUUCACUGACAUGUAUCUGUUGGAGAUGGGAUGUACCAUGGUUUUACAUGAGACAAUUCACUGACCUAUAUCUUUUUGUUGUCAAAUUUUUGAUCCUUCACGUUUUCUUUCUAUCAUAUAUCCAAUUUCAACAUUUUAAUUGUGUUUCACAUUUUUUAGAUGAAUUUGGUGUGGGGUGGGGGUAUUGGCAGAUACAGUCCUACAGUCUCAUUGGGGUACAUUGUGAACCAGAUGGGGGAAAGAGAGGGGGGGGAUAAAAUAUAUUGAUGAACUAAAAUCUUGUAUUUGAACCAACACAUGUUAGUAAAUUGUUGGUGAUUAAGUCAAAAACAUUUACCAUGCACAUAAUUAGUGACUAAUUAAGUUUUGAAAUUUUUAAAUAAAAAAAAAUAUUUAAAAAAUUUUGCUGAAGUAUUUUUUUUUUUCGAUUAAAUAAUUAACCCUCUGUGUCAUCUUAGCAAUUCUUAGAUAAGAUAUUUCUUAGCAAUUCUUGGGUUUUAGAUAAGAUGUUGAUUCUUUCUUAGCAAUUCUUUGGCUUAAGAUUAAGAUAGGGUGUGCUUAUUUUUUAGCAAUUCUUGGGUUUUAAAAUAGGAUGUUGAUUCUUUCUUUAAAAUAAGGAGGAAAAAAAACAGAUUGAGAAAUGCUAAUUUUAAAUCAUUGUCUAACACCAAAUAUCCUGGUCAGUUUUAUAAGAAUGUCAUAGUUGUAUCGUUAAUUGGAAGAUUUCAUGUUAUUUCUUACUGAUAAUGUCAUGGAGCAGGUCUGUAUAGAUCAAGUAAGUGUUUUUAAAUAUCUACCAAACGUGAUUGGCUUGAGGUUAUGGUACAAUAUGUUGUGCAGUGUCUCUAACCAAAGUGAAACUGAAUGGUACUUUCACUUUUAGCAAAAAUUAUUUAGCUACUUUUUUUUUUCAUUAAAAUAGGGGUAGCAAAAUGCCGAUAUGACCUAGCAGGUAUUGAAACUAACAAUUGUUUCGCCAUUUGUGUGUGUUUGUGUGCUUGUAUGAAGGAACCAAACUAUUGUUUUAUAUCUAUCUAUUACAAUUUUUUUUCGGAAUCAGUGUAUUCCAAAACGUAUCCACUGUUUGGUUGUAUUUGCAUUCAUUUCUUUUAUUAAAGACUUGUAUUAAAGGGAAAUCAUUGUUUAUGUCAGACUAUAAACUAUAAUAAAGUAUUUAUUGGUUACAUA